AUGGAUAAGUACUCUGUCAUCUUACCAACGUACAACGAGCGCAGAAACUUGCCAAUCAUCACUUACCUUCUGGCUAAGCAUCUGGAGAAGGCCGGUCUGUCGUGGGAGAUUAUCAUCGUCGACGACGCGUCUCCAGACGGCACCCAGGACGUGGCCAAGCAAUUGAUCCAAGUUUACGGUAAAGAACACAUCCAGCUCAGACCUCGUGAGGGUAAGCUCGGACUGGGAACCGCGUAUAUCCACGGCCUCCAAUAUGCGACGGGAAAUUUCGUUGUGAUCAUGGACGCCGAUUUCUCUCACCAUCCAUCAGCAAUCCCAGAAUUCAUCAAGAAACAAAAGGAGAAGGACUACGACAUUGUCACAGGAACCCGUUAUGCUGGUGACGGAGGAGUCUACGGCUGGGACUUGAAGAGAAAGCUGAUCAGUCGCGGUGCCAACUUCCUGGCUACCGUUGUUCUCAGACCACACGUGUCGGAUUUAACUGGUUCGUUCAGAUUAUACAAGAAAGACGUGCUCGCCCAGAUCAUCGGCGCAACCAAAUCGAAGGGAUAUGUUUUCCAGAUGGAAAUGAUGGUCAGAGCAAGAGCAUUCGGCUUCACAAUCGCGGAGGUGCCAAUUUCUUUCGUCGACAGAGUCUAUGGAGAAUCAAAGCUCGGAGGAGACGAAAUCAUCGGCUACCUCAAGGGAGUCUGGACACUCUUCACCACCGUUUAG